ACACCUUGUGCAACAUUGCUGCAAACUGCAAACACAUGAGAACACAUGAAACAUAAAUGAUAAUUUCUUCACAACUGUCCUGGCGAGUUCCUUCUAUAUGUACACCUGCCUUUUGCAUUCUGUGGGGGUAACGGAAUAUUUUGGAACUUAAACUGUCCAGGAACUGUAAAGUAAGGACAUUUGAAGACACGCAUGCGUGAACCAUUUCUUGAUAUUUCCUCACGUGGGGACUCGUUCAGUGUGUCAAAUCCACGCUCAUAGAAGUCGGUGCUCAACAUUACAAGGUCUCUCACAUAAAUGGCUUUCAGGAAAUUCCUUCCCAUGUUUGACCGGGUGCUGGUGGAGCGUCUGGCUGCGGAGACUAUGUCAAAGGGGGGCAUCAUGUUGCCAGAGAAGGCCCAAGGCAAGGUUCUGCAGGCCACAGUGGUGGCAGUGGGACCAGGCUCCACAAACCAGGAUUUUUACAAUUGGCCGGAUGAAUCCUUUGAGGAGAUGGACAGCACUCUGGCUGUACAACAGUACAUUCAGCAGAACAUCCGGUCAGACUGCUCUAACAUCGAUAAGAUCCUGGAGCCUCCAGAGGGACAGGACGAGGGAGUGUGGAAGUACGAGCACCUCAGGCAAUUCUGUCUGGAGCUGAAUGGACUCGCUGUGAAACUGCAGAGUGAGUGCCACCCAGACACCUGCACCCAGAUGACUGCCACAGAGCAGUGGAUCUUCCUAUGUGCUGCACACAAAACCCCCAAAGAGUGUCCUGCCAUUGACUACACCAGGCACACGCUGGACGGAGCUGCCUGCCUUCUCAACAGCAACAAGUAUUUCCCCAGCCGUGUGAGCAUCAAGGAGUCCUCUGUAGCCAAGCUGGGCUCUGUGUGUCGCCGUAUCUAUAGGAUAUUCUCUCAUGCCUAUUUCCACCACCGCCAGAUAUUCGACAAGUAUGAGAAUGAGACGUUCCUGUGCCAUCGGUUCACACGCUUCGUGAUGAAGUACAACCUGAUGUCCAAGGACAACCUGAUCGUUCCUAUCCUGGAGGAGGAGGUCCAGAACGCUUCAGCCGGGGAGAGCGAGGCCUGAGAGGAGAGCUGCACACAGGAGACCAGACGUGUAUUCAAAUACUGCUUGAUUGAGCUUGCCUGUUGCAAUGGAACCAAGAGAAGUCCCACAUGUGCAAACCCCACCCAUCUGGCACUCUAAAGCAAAUGCUCAAAGUAUUUGAAAGAUUUCAGAUAGUAUUUGAACAUACACUAGACUGACAGGGGCCGUUGUUUUGAAGCCACCGCGCCUCCCAUCUUGGCUCCAUUGUAAAAAAAUGUCUCCAAUUGUUUUUGCCACAUUUACUCUAUUACAGACAGCUACAUGCAUAAUUUGUAAUUGUGCGAGCUAAAAGUAAAACAUUUAAUUUUAAACAUCCUUAAAAGUACUAAUGUUACUGGCCCCGCUACAACAACAAUACUUAAAUAUAUGUCAUUUUGUCCUUGAAACAUUCAAGUGGAAUUCCUAUGGACUGCCAAUAUGGCCGACCGGUGGCUCCAAAGCCUCUCAUUAGCCAAUGCAUAGCAUCAGCAAUCCAGAGUUUAUAUACAUCAUUGAUUUGAACCCAGGUCUGAAACAGCUACUCACUACAGACAGGCUCUCACUACUUGCGUUAACAUUUUAAGCACCUGGAUUUGCUCAACCUACAUAAAACCAUAAUGUGUUGAUGACAAAGGCACACUCAUGGGCUCCCUGUAUAGAACCUCUGCUCUCCCAUGUCCCCCUCCAUCUUGUUUUCCUGGUGCUUUACAUUCUCUCUGCCUUUGUUCUCUCUCGCUGAAUUGUAAAUGGACCCCUUGCCACUCCUGUAGAUCUGAGAGGAUUGGUGGAAAAAUGCAGACAUUUCCAUGCAGCCCAUUGGAAGGCAAGAUGAAGCUAUGACUAUAAUGCUUCUGUAUCCAAUCUGCUCAAAUGUACAGGUGUGUGUAGGGUUUAGAGGCUAUGGAUCCAUUUGUGGUUCAGAAUCUCUGCUUUUGUUGCUCUGAGUACAUACCUCCGUCACCAUUUACCCUCCCCCUCGUCAUUAAGUUAUUUUGUGAGGAGUCUUGUCUAUCUGCCCCACUUUUUAAUUUUCCUUUUUUAAUGAACUGAAUUUUGUUAAAUUUUCAUGAUGUCUGUUAAUAAAAUAAGACUGUUACCCAA